AUGGACAUGGAUGAUUUCGUUAUAAUUGAUGAAGCGUCGUCAUCGUCUUCCUCAUCAUCGUCUUCAUCUAAACCUUCGAUCGGCAAAACAAUAUCAAAUAAACGAAAAUCCAUGGUAACAGUUGAUGGUUUUCAAUUUCAAUUAAAAAAUUUCAAUAAAGCAAAAACUAUGAAAUUCUGGCGAUGUGCCAAUCGUCUUUGCAACGUCAUUUUACAUACAAAUCCAAGUGAUGAAUUUGUGAAGUUCUCGAAGAAUAAAAGUGAUCAGUCCCAUUUACCAAAUCCAGCUGCUUUAGAAAUAUGA